GAAGAAAUUCGAAGGUGUACCCUUGAAUGCCUAGAAGAGGAGACUAUAAAAAACAGCAAUCUUCGCUUCAGAAUACGGAAAUUUCCAAGGGAGAUUAUGGCAGAGAUGAGAGCUCUUGUUACUGCUGCACGUGAAUCCAGUGCUGCCAAGAUAAAGCAGCUGCAGUCUGCAUUGAGAAGCAUUGCUGAUGAAAUUGAAUUACUGGAGGAGAAGCUAAGGCUUUGUGAAAGACAGAAUGCUGCGCUGUGUGAGGAACAAGAACACUUGCGGACACAGCAUAAAGAAAGAGUAGACUUGCUGAAUGAAAGGAUGGCAAGAAAAGUUAACACAAAUAUUCUCUUAAUGGAGAUUCGUGAUAAAACAAGAGAUACAGAAAGAGAAAUAAUCAGGGCAAAGGCAGCAUUAGAAGAAUUGAAAGAAAAAAUAGCUCAGAAAAUGAGUAAACUUGAGAAAGAGCAAGAAGAAUGUGAAGAAAAGAUGAGAGAAAUAAAAAAAGCCCUUGACACUCAGAAGGCAAAAAAUUCCAAGAUAAAGCAUGAACUUGAAAACUCAAAUUUAAAAGUUUUGGACCUACAGCAUUUGAUAAGUCUGAAUUCAACGGAUAUAUCUAAUGAGGAAAUUCUCUUAGCAAAAUUGAAAGAAAAAAGCAAGCAACUGGAAAAAACCCUGGAAUUUAAGAAGACAGAAGUGCUGAAACUCUUAGAAAAGAAAAUUCAGCUUGAUUCUGAGUUACUGCUUUUACAAUCAAAAAUUGCCAAAGAAAAGGAUGAUUUUGAUAAGGAACUUGAAAAGACUAAUGAAGAUCUAAGCAAUGCUAAGCACCUGAAUAAAAAACUUCAACUGGAAAAUAAAGCUGUGCACCAAAAGCAUGAACAAGCACUGGAAGAAGAACAACACUGGGCUGGAGAAAGGGAUGAGAUGGUGGCAAAAUUGCAGAAAUUAUCUGUUUUGGUGGAUGAAAAGCAUGAAGUUCUGGCAAAUCUUAUAAAGAAAACCAAAAACCUAGAGAAAAAUAUUGAAAAUCUUGAAGACAGCCUACUAAAUAUCAAGAAGCUCUAUGCAGAAGAGCUGGCAUCUCUAGAGCAAGAUUUGAAGACAGAAAAUAAGACGAGAAUAAGGCUUCAGUGGAAGCUCCUGUACUUAGCAGUGCAGAGAAAACUCUUUUUCUCAAAGGAGGAGAAAAUAAACAGAAAACUGAAUGAAAAACUAGAGGCUGGCAAAAAAAGGCAUGCUGAACUACUUCUGCAGAAUGAAGACCUUGAGAAAAAGAUUUUUCAGUGUAAGAACCAAGUCAAAGCCCUAAGUAAAGAAGCGAGCAUGAGGGAAAAUUAUUACAGGAAUUAUAAAGAGGAUAUUACUAACAAAAUAAAAUGUCUGGAGAAUGACAUCAAAACUGCAACUGAAAAUCUGCUUAAAAAAGAACAAGAAUUAAACACAAGCAGGCUAACCUUGGAAGAAACCCAGAGAGAAAAAGAAGAGAAGCGUACAAAAUAUGAAGAACUGGAAAAAUCAUUUUUAAAAAAGAAAGAUGAAGAGCUGAGAGCCAGAAGAGCCAUUCAGCAGUCAAUCAAAACUACUGGGAAGCUCAGGGAGGGCACGCUGGAGCUGAAGAACAAAUUGCGGAUCAAGCGCGCUACUGCAACUGACCAACUGAAAAAUCACACAGAGUGUAUGAAGCUGCUGGAACGAGACAUCUAUGAGAUCAACAGGAAACUUGACAUUGUGAACAGCGAGAACUGCAGAUUCAGAUCACGCAAUGCACAGAUAAAAGGAGACAUUUUUGCAAUUAAUUCUGAAGCAGAAAAACUCAAGUCAGCAACAGUCAGAAUCCAGAAUGACCUAGCAAUGCUUCAUGAUCUUCUUGUGAAGGGAUGGUCAGAAGAGAGUUUAAUUCAAAAGGAAUUUCUGGAGAAUGAGCAGGAAAUACUGAAUGCAAUGACAGCUCUAAAAACAAAAAUCGAACAACGAGAGGAAAAGAUUGGUGAUAUUAAUAGCAGGCUACAAAAUAAGCUGGAAGAACUGAAUUCUCUGUGUGUCAAAAAAAGUAGAAUGGAUGAUCAAUGUAAGAUACAGUAA